UGUGUGUGAGCCGAGUGUGAGAGCCGAGUGUGUGAGCCGAGUGUGUGAGCCGAGUGUGUGUGAGCCGAGUGUGUGUGAGCUGAGUGUGUGAGCUGUGGCAGUAACAAUGCCUUCAGUUCAGUAUCUGAGAGAGUUUAUCAACGAGCGACUAACUGCUGCUGCUGAACAAAUAUUCUUGGAGUUUGAAAAAACGAUCGUCCAGUACGAGGAAGAGAUCGACCGUCAGCGCAGACUGCUGGAUAUCACCUGGAAACCCCAAAUCAAGCUGCACAGGACAGACGUCCCACAGCAGCAGGUCUGUGAGGAGGAGGAGGAGGUUCUCCCUGAGCAGCAGCUCUGGAACCAGGAGAGGAGCUCCAGUGUGGACCAGGAGGAACCAGAACCUCCACAGAUUAAAGAGGAACAGGAGGAACUGUGCAGCAGUCAGGAGGGAGAGCAGCUGGGACUGAAGGAGGAGACUGAAGUUCAUAAUGAUCCUGUGCAGUACGAGGAAGAGAUGGAGCGUCAGCGCAGACUGCUGGAUAUCACCUGGAAACCCCAAAUAAAGCUGCACAGGACAGACAUCCCACAUCAGCAUGUCUGUGAGGAAGAGGAGGAGGUUCUCCCUGAGCAGCAGCUCUGGAACCAGGAGAGGAGCUCAAGUGUGGACCAGGAGGAACCAGAACCUCCACAGAUUAAAGAGGAACAGGAGGAACUGUGCAGCAGUCAGGAGGGAGAGCAGCUGGGACUGAAGGAGGAGACUGAUACCUUUAUGGUGACUACUGCUGAGGAAGGAGAGCACAGUGAACCAGGAGGAGACGGGGAGCAGCUCCUCUCUGAUGACUCUCCUCAAAGUGAAAUCACAGAUGAAGAAUCCAGCAAGUGUGAAGAGUCAGGGUCAAGUGAAACUGUGACCUCGGUGCCAAAGAAGAGACAGAAGAGAGACAGAAGUCACGAUGAUGUGGAGAGCUGGACUGUGUCAGAGAGUCCCUGCAAUGCUGCCACAGGUAGAGAGUCUGAUGUUUGCCAAAAAUCUGUCAAGAAUCAGGCCCAAAGAAAGAAACCCCACACUGAUGUGAAACCGUAUCCUUGUGACACGUGUGGGAAAAGCUUCAGAGCUAGAAGUACGUGGAAACGCCACCUUGUAACUCACACAGGCUGGACAGUUUGCGCCUGAACUCCCCUCAGGAUGGAUGGCGAUUGACAGGAACCAGAGACUCUUCCCAUGAACAAAAACAACACGAACAGUGAGUAGAAAAGGCCUUAUGCGUCACUGAGACUGCGCGGGCAGACGUGGGUCCAGGGGAGCGCUGGUUGCGCGGUUACACGCGAACCUAAAACAAUAGAGAGCGGCUACGUGACCGUGCGGUUUCUCGCAGGUACGGGAGUGCGCCAGCCGUGCGGGAAGGACGCAGGCUACUAAAGAAACGGCUCCGUAGCUGCGCGGUUUCACGCGAGCACGGGAGUGCGUUGGACUGUGCGUUUAGGACGCAGGUCCAUGAAAGCUGUGCGUGCAGACGCAAGCGAUAGGCCUAUGUUGUGUGUGUGCAGGCCAGACGUGGUCGGCGUGAGUGUGGCUGUUUGUUGUCUUGUAAUGGAGACUAAACUGUUUAAGUCUGCCUUGAAAGUGGAUGAAAUACACUGCAAAGUUUUUUAUUGGGCAGCACGUGGUGUGUGGAUCGUUGAAGAAUGAAGUGAAAUUGUGCGCUAAGCAGAAGUGAGUGUGAGCGUGUCUGACGUCACGGUGUGUGUGAAAAGGUAUCCAGCUGGGGCAGACGUGAUUCUGCAGGUCACCUGCCCAGUGGACAAAGAAAUAACAUAAGUUGUGUGGUGAAUGAUAGCACGAAGAGUGUUUAUGUUUCUCAGCCUGAAACAGCUGUAAUGCUACUUUCUGUUUUGGAGAAAAGGACAGUUUAAAAAAACAGAGAGAGAGAGAGAGAGAGGUGUGUGUUGUUUUAAGCAGUGAUGAGAAUAAUGAAAAUGUGAUGAGAGGAACACAAAAACAUACAGAAAAUACAUCAACUAUUCUAACCCUACAUGUAUACACAAUAAAUGAUACUCAUGAAGACCAGACAGCAUCUUAAGCAUGAGAUUCUGUUUGUCAUCUUAUCCAAGUCACUAGUAAGAUGAAAGUGAUACAUAGACUAGUGGACGAAUAUUAUUAGUAGGACAGAUGACCGCAUCAUAGAGGAAAGCAGAAUGCCGAUGGGGGUUCUUACAUGAGUGAGCUGAGUGAGCUGAUGGUGAGUUUCUGGUGUGUGAAGAAGUUUUACCAUGGCACACAUUUGGUUACAUGAGAAGAAACUUAUUAUCCCUCUGGUCUUGUUCAACAUCACUACCCUUUCAGCUUGAUGGUGGCCAAAAGUGGCCACCUACAGGUUAGGCCUGUAAUUUUUUGUUUGUUUGUUUUUUUGCCAUUUUUUCUGCAUAAAGCUUUUAAGUAACUUCAGUUCUUUCCAUAAAUAUAAAAUAAUUAUUACUUUUUUAUUUUUUAACCCUUUAAACACCAGUUUGUUUGUCCACUGCACCAGCUGGACGACAACCUCAAAUCUCGCAAUUUUAUAUAAUUGCAUUGCUACUGAAAUUUCUUGUAUUAUUAAUAGUAGAGUCUGGGGCAUAUAAUUGAUUCACAUCAACAUUGAUUAUAAUGCAUUGUUAUUUUAGUGCAGAGAGAGCAAAAACAUAAAAACUCCCUCUCAGCUUGUUCGUGGCCACAAAUGGCCACCCCUUGUUUACAUUUACAAAAUGGUAUAAAAUUCAUAUAUAUUAAAGAAAAUGUCCAGUUCUUUUUACUUGAUUUUUUAGAUUAGCAUCAGGGCUGUUCAUGAAAAUCAAAAUUUCAUUCAAAUUCUGAAAUUUAACCCUUUAAAUACCAGUUAGAGCACAUAAUCAUAACAACUCAUAAAUAGAGAAAAUCAUAAAAUCCCAGAUUUUUUUCUAAAUAAUACAUGCCAUCUGAUUUAUUUGCUAACCAUGAUGAAGGUUAGAUGCAUAGCAAUAAUUAACAGCAUCAAUGACAUUUAUGCAACAUUGUUUUUUUUCUGCAGUGGCAGAAAAACCAAAAAACUCCCUCUCAGCUUGUUCGUGGCCAAAAAUGGCCACCCCCUGUUUACAUUUACAGAAUACUAUAAAAUUAUUAUAUAUUAAAACAUUUUUCUACUUAGACCAACUUCAUUUUUUAAAUGAAAACCAGUCCUAGUCAUGAAAACCAAAAUAUAAUUAAAAUUCAGAAAUUAUACCCUUUGAAUACCAGUCAAA